CAGAAGGGUAUAUAUGUUCAGCUGGGUACAAGUCCAAAGAGAUGUGGCCUAUGAGUCUUAGUUCAGCCCUCCUUCUGAAGUAUUCUUCCCCCAUCAAAACCAGGGACUGAACAACAUGGAGGAUCAAAUAUUUAGUAAGUGCCUACGUGAAGAGAGCGACGCCACUGGUCUGAAGGAAGAUGAGGAGGAAAUCCCCAUACCUGAGGAGAGGGAGACAUGUGACAUGAAAGAGGAAGACGCCACUCUACAUGAGGGGAGAGAGACUGGUGAAAUGAAAAAGGAGGACCUCACUCCACUUGAGGAGGAGGAGACUCAUGAAAUGAAAGACAAGAAAGAGAAAGUCACUGUAUCCGACAGGAAGACUUGUGAAAUGAAGGAUGGGGAAGAAACCCUAUCCUCUGAAUCUAAUGAAAAAGCGGAAGCCUAUGAAUCAGUGGAAGAGGAAGAACCAAUAAGGAUUUUCCCCCCUCCAACCGCCAUUACACCUCACUCCAUGUUUCCCCCUCCAACCGUCCUUACACCUCACAGCGUGUUUCCCCCUCCAACUGCCCUUGCCCCUCACAGCGUGUUUCCCCCUCCGAACGGACAAACUGUAUUUUCCCCUCCAGGAGGGUGUUUUUUCUGAUAUGCUUUCUCAUGCCUCAGCUUCUUGUGGCAUUUACUAAUUCAGGUUAAAAGCAAAACUAAAUUCAAUCAGAACUCUAUGUUCUAUA